CCCCUUGUCCACAGACAGGUAGGCCUGGCUGGGGGUGGGACACACUUUCCUUUUCCAGGAGAUCAAUGGAGAUAGCAACCAUCCAUUUCAUAGGAUUUAGAGCCGGAAAAAAGAGACCCCUAAACAAACCCCACCUCAUUUUACAGAUAACUGAAGCCCAGAAAAUAGUGAUUUGUCUUAAGACCAUCUAGGGUAACAAGUAACAGAAAGAUUUGAACUCUUUUCUGAUCUGAAAUCCAGUUCAUAACUAGACCAUCUUCCCUAAAUUCUAAGCCUAAUUCUGGGAUCUUCUAUAUUUUUGUUAGUUCCUUUGUGGGGCCAGAGACCUGUUGGAAGUGAGGAAUGUGUAGUGAGGUCUUCAGUUUAGCUUUUCUAAAAUAGGAAUAAUUGUCUAUUAUGACAUAUCCUUGGGCUGCUCUUAUUUCCCCAAGGCUCCUUAUUUCUAUUUCCUUUCUGCUGUCCAAGGUUAGUGAAGUCAUGGGGUGCCUGACAUUCUGAACCCAGGUGGCUGUUAAAAAUACUCACACUCAGCUGGGUUGUGACACCCAGGUUGGCCUCCUGCCUGUUAUGAGUCCUAGCCAGCAAACUGCCAGCUACAGGGUACUUGGGAACUUUGACUAGGCCCAGAAGACAAGGAGGAAGGUGUGGGGGAUAGGGGAAAAUUAGGAUAGAAGUGGCAAGAAAUCUGGAUGAAGCACUAGACACCUGUAAGUAAAGAGGAAAUGUGCAAUGUAGUGUUUAUUCUCUCCCUUGAGACAUCCCCUUAAUCGUCAAGUCUAGACAGGUGUGGAAUUCCCUGCUUCUAUCUCUAGAUUAUUGACUCAUGAAUGAGGGCUAAUUAGUUUCCAUCCACGGGGAGUAUGCACACAUCCACACACAGCCCCACCCUCUCAUAACUGUUUUUCUUUCUCUCAGGAGGAUGUUCAGAGGGAGUCCUGACCCAUAGCUCAGAUGGCCUGAACUCCAGAGUCAUUCAUUACCUUCUCUAUCCUUCUAUGACCUUCUCCCUUCCCCUCCCCACAAGUGCCUGUACUAGGAGUUCAACUCAUGACCAAGAGAAGGCCUUGAGAAGGAAAGGGGCAGAAAAGACAAGUGCCUGUUGCUUUGAACUGUCCAAGUCCAUAGUAUGUCUUUGAGCAAUAAGGUCUAACUCUCUUGUUCUUAGAAGAAAAUCAGUUUAGAAAAGAAUACAGGAUCACAGACCUAUUCUUUGAGAUUAGCCCUCUUCAGGCAUGCUCCGACGUUGGAAAUAUUCUCAAGUUGAGGGGCCUGUCGGGGGUUCAUAGACCACAGUUUCUUAAACUGAGUCCACGGAUGACUUUGGGUAGAUGUGAACUUUAGGAUAGAAAAAAUUAAUUUCUUUUGUAGCCCUUAUGUAAUAUGUUUAAAAACAUUCUGAGGAGAGGUCCCUAAGGUUCGAAGGCCUCCUCAUUCAUCCCUCCCUUUCUUUCAGCUGUCCACAGUAAUGUCUGAACUCUACUUUUCACAACCUCUAAGAUCUUUGGGAGCUGAGCUGGCACCACCCCAUCCUCCCAGAGGCAUCGUGGUGUCGUGGAAAGAGGUCUGGGCUUGGAUUUAGAGUAUUCUCAAAUACCAGCUCCGCCAUUGUUUAGCUGGGCGACUUUGCAUCUGUUGCUUCACCUCUGCUUCUGUACAAUGGGAACAUUUUGCACGAAAUCAUAAUCCCAGGGUGGUAGAGAUCAACGCUUUCGGUAAACCUUGAAAAUAAGAACGAAGGUCGGGGUGGGGGUGGGGACGACUCUUGAAGCGGAAAAAGGUCAGCACCGGGAAGGAGUUCUCACUACUGCUAUCGUUUGCCGUUGCCCGGCAACAAGGAAUGCAGUUCGAGCCACCCAUUCUCCAAUUCCAUCGUUUCCGGUAAAAAAGAAUGUGAUCCCCUCUCCACCCUAAUUCUCGGAAUUUAGGCAGUUUAUAGGCGUAGCCCAGAAGAAACGGAGACGUCUUCAUGACGUAGCAUAGAGGGCGUCCCUACUUGCGAACGCUCAACACUCUCAUGUCGUACGGAAGAAAGGGGGCGGGAAAAAGAAAUGAGGCCGCUCGGGCCGCGCCCCCUCAUGGUCGGUCCCUACUCUAAGCGACUCAAUCGCGGCACGUAAUGUCACGCGGUUCCGCCUCCACUUUGCUUCUAAAGGCCCCAUUCUGCCGUACGGGACCCGGAAGUUAGGGGGCAUCGAGGCGCCUGAUUCUUACGUCACUUCCGACCGGUUCGAUGGCGACUGCAAGCUCAGCUACAGCGGCCACGGUCGGAGCCCCGGGGGAGGGCGAGGCCGGGGGCGGGGAGAGAGCUAUCGCUGAAGGGACUUCCCCGCCCCCAGGCCGCGCCUCCCCUCCGGCCCCGGCCCGCGGCGAGCCCGAGGUCACGGUGGAGAUCGGAGAAACCUACCUUUGCCGACGUCCGGAUAGCACUUGGCACUCAGCAGAGGUGAUUCAGUCCCGUGUGAAUGACCAAGAAGGACGAGAGGAAUUCUAUGUGCAUUAUGUGGGCUUUAAUCGUCGUUUGGAUGAAUGGGUUGACAAGAAUCGACUGGCCUUGACCAAGACAGUGAAAGAAGCUGUUCAAAAGAACUCUGAGAAGUACCUAAGUGAGCUGGCAGAGCAACCUGAGCGCAAGAUCACCCGCAACCAGAAACGCAAACAUGAUGAAAUCAACCAUGUGCAAAAGACCUAUGCAGAAAUGGAUCCCACAACAGCAGCACUAGAAAAGGAACAUGAAGCAAUUACUAAAGUGAAGUAUGUGGAUAAGAUUCAUAUUGGGAACUAUGAGAUUGAUGCCUGGUACUUCUCCCCAUUCCCAGAAGAUUAUGGGAAACAGCCCAAACUUUGGCUUUGUGAAUACUGCCUGAAGUACAUGAAGUUUGAGAAGAGCUACCGUUUCCAUUUGGGGCAGUGUCAAUGGAGACAGCCACCUGGCAAGGAAAUUUAUCGAAAGAACAACAUCUCUGUGUAUGAAGUGGAUGGCAAAGACCAUAAGAUUUAUUGCCAGAACCUGUGUCUAUUGGCCAAGCUUUUCCUGGACCACAAGACCUUAUACUUUGAUGUGGAACCAUUUGUCUUCUACAUCUUGACUGAAGUGGACAGACAGGGAGCCCACAUUGUGGGCUACUUCUCUAAGUUCUCUACCCGCCUGCUCCUGAAGGAGAAGGAGUCCCCAGAUGGGAAUAAUGUGGCCUGUAUCCUGACUCUCCCCCCAUAUCAGCGUCGAGGUUACGGCAAGUUCCUCAUUGCCUUCAGUUACGAACUGUCGAAGUUAGAGAGUACAGUGGGUUCUCCAGAGAAGCCACUGUCAGACCUGGGGAAACUGAGCUAUCGUAGUUACUGGUCCUGGGUCUUGCUGGAGAUCCUGAGGGACUUCCGAGGCACACUGUCCAUCAAAGAUCUCAGCCAGAUGACCAGCAUCACUCAAAAUGACAUCAUCAGCACUCUACAGUCACUCAACAUGGUCAAGUACUGGAAAGGGCAGCAUGUCAUCUGUGUCACCCCCAAGCUAGUAGAAGAGCAUCUCAAGAGCGCCCAGUACAAAAAGCCCCCCAUAACAGUGGACUCAGUUUGUCUCAAGUGGGCACCACCCAAGCAUAAGCAAGUGAAGUUGUCUAAGAAGUGAGUGGUACUGAAACCAAUUCCCCUGCACCUCCCUGCAUCUUUUCCCACUGGCAGUCUUUAGAUCUGUGAGAGGUGCCUCUUUUCCCUGUUUGUAAAUAUGUAUAGACUUGUCUGCCCACCUUCAAACCCUAAAAUAUUUUUUUAAUAAAGAGACUUUAGCUUGUCACUGUACAA